ACUUUGGGUGCCGGCCGUUGUGGGGUGGAGGGGGGACGGAGAGGCCGAGCCCCGGCGGUCGGGGCGGCGGAGGGCGGCGCAGGCUCCUCCCGGUCCCCCGCCGCACCCCGCCUGGAGCUCUCUCGGAAGAGGUUUGGGCCGAAGCGCCCCGAUGGGGGAGGCGCGUCCUCCUCCGUCCUGUCCCGGGGUGUCUGCGCCCCGGUCGCCAGGGACCUCCCUUCCGUGUGGGUGUGUGCCCGCCCCCCGCCGGCUUCCUCCGCCCGGGCCCCGCACGACCCCACCAGCCGUCCUGUCCGGCCCCGCAGGGCCUUCCUCCCGGCUUCCCUCCGGUCUCUGUUUCUGCCCCCUGCGUACCCCCCCUCCUCCUCCGUUCUCUUUGUCUCAGGUCUCCCCGAUUUCCUCUGCCUGUUGACCUCUGCUGCCCCCAACUCAGACUUCCUGGAUUCCCCCUUUCCCUCUAGGCUGGGGACCCCCUCCCACAUUUUUGUGCGUCUCCCUGGAGCCCAUCCAUGCAGUCCCUCCUACUCCCUCCCCCCACAUACACAUUUUCCUCUUUUCCGUGCUUACCUGGUGGCACUUGGCUGGUCCCCUGGCAGUCCUCUCCCUCCCAUCCAACCCUUUUCUCUGGCUGCUCCUCUCACUGUCCCAUGUCUGUCAGCGACUUCCCGCUUUGUCCUAAGGUUUGGGGUCUCUGGUGCCCCAUAUUCAGGGAUGCAGUUUAUAUUCCACCCCAUCCCCAUCUCCCAGCCUGCCUCCCUCCAUCUGUCUCUCUCUCUUUCUCUCUCCAGCCAUCCUGACGAGUCCCUUCCCAAGCCGCUAGGGACCCCAGUGGACUUGGGGGCCACCGUGUACUUCCAGGGCACGAGACCCGCUGCUGCCUGUCCUGCCUCACCCUGCCCGGCAGCAGGCCCAGCGGCCUCCGGCUGCAGCAAGUGGAGGAGGAGGUGGUGGUGGAGGGUGGCACCAUGGGCCCGGGCCGUGCCCUCCAUGCCCGGGGGAUGAAGACACUGCUGCCAUGGACAGCCCGUGCCAGCCGCAGCCCCUGAGUCGGGCUCGCCCUCCCCUGACAGGGUCUGUGUCAGAGCCUGUAGAGCCUGGCCGUGCCAGGAUGGGGGUGGAGAGUUACCUGGCCUGUCCCCUGCUGCCCUCCUACCACCACAGUCCUGGAGCACCUGCACCUUCCGAGGCCUCGGUGGGGAGUGGGGCUCCCAGAGCCACGGCCACCUCCACCACUGCCAGCGCCCUGCGGGAGGGCUUGGGUGGCCAGGAUGGUGGUGAGCUAUGGCCACUGCGGAGUGAGGGCGCCGCAGCACUGGUCACCAAGGGGUGCCAGCGACUGGCCGCCCAGGGUGCCCGGCCUGAGGCCCCCAAACGGAAGUGGGCAGAGGACGGGGGAGAUGCCCCUUCACCCUGCAAGCGGCCCUGGGCCCGGCAAGAGAACCAGGGGACCGAGGAGGAGGGUGGCGCGGGCCACAGCAGCGGCGCUGGCGAGCCGAGUACCCGGCGGAAGGAGGAGGCUCGGCCCUCGGCGCCAGAGCGCCUGGCCCUGGACUACAUCGUGCCCUGCAUGCGGUACUACGGCAUCUGCGUGAAGGACAACUUCCUGGGGGCGGCAUUGGGGGGCCUUGUGCUAGCUGAGGUGGAAGCCCUGAAGUGCAGCGGUCGCCUGCGGGAUGGACAGCUGGUGAGCCAGCGGGCCAUCCCACCGCGCAGCAUCCGCGGGGACCAGAUCGCCUGGGUGGAAGGCCAUGAGCCAGGCUGCCAGAGCAUCGGCACCCUCAUGGCCCACGUGGACACCGUCAUUCGCCACUGCGCUGGGCGACUGGGCAGCUACGUCAUCAAUGGGCGCACUAAGGCCAUGGUGGCGUGCUAUCCAGGCAAUGGGCUGGGGUACGUGAGGCAUGUCGACAACCCCCAUGGCGACGGGCGCUGCAUCACCUGCAUCUAUUACCUGAAUCAGAACUGGGAUGUUAAGGUGCACGGCGGCCUGCUGCAGAUCUUCCCCGAGGGCCGCCCUGUGGUCGCCAACAUCGAGCCGCUCUUUGACCGCUUGCUCAUUUUCUGGUCUGACCGGCGAAACCCCCACGAGGUGAAGCCCGCCUAUGCCACCAGGUACGCCAUCACUGUCUGGUAUUUUGAUGCCAAGGAGCGGGCAGCAGCCAAAGACAAGUAUCAGCUAGCGACAGGACAGAAGGGUGUCCAGGUUCCUGUCUCGCAGCCGCCCACGCCCCCCUAGGACCAGCCCCGGAGCUGCAUGGACAGCUUGCCUUGACUUGCAGCCGGCAGCCGCGCAGCCUCGGUGCCUGUCCCCUCCCCGCUGCCGCCGCUGCUUCUGACUUGCCUGUCUCCACACUGAGGACCAAGGAGGAUGCCUCUGUGGCCCAAGCUGAGCGGAGGCUGGCGUUGGAGGCUGCCAUGCCCGGAGCAGGCCCCAGUCACCACCCCAGUAGUGCGGAGAGCUGGGGCAAGACUUCAUCGCCUUGCACCAGGAGGCAGGAUUUGGGGUUGGCGUGAGUCAUGGGCUCUGGCUGGAAGAGGUUUGGGGGCUCUCCCCUAGCCCCCUCCUCCAACUCCUCCAGCCUGGAAUGUGAAGUGACUCCCUAACUCCUUAGGCCGUAGCACCUUUUGGACCGGGCUGCCGUGGUGGGGCUGGGGCUGGGGCCUGGAGGGAGGCCCAUGGAUGUGGAAGCUUGUCAGCCAAGUAAUAAAGUUUACCUCAGAGCUGCACCCGGCCGAUGCUA